CACACACAACACAACACAAAACCUUUGAUUUUUCUUCCAUAAUAAAAAUGGAGGCUUUGGGAGUUUUUUCCGAUGGGGAAUGGGAAUCUUUCGCCGCCAUGUUCUCAUCGGAAGAGAUAAAUCAGACCCAUAUACCGAUGACUAAUUGUUGUUCGAGUGAGCUUCAUCAAUUGCCCAACAAUGGCGGCAGCAGCAGCAGCUGGUUCUAUUCAUUGGAUGCUUUUGUUCCUAAUUUGCAGAGUUAUUGUAAACAGGACAUUAGGAGUUGUUCUAGUGCUUCGGUUUUGAUUCCGAAUUCGAGUGAUUUUUUUAUGCCAAUUGAUGAGAGGAAUUUUGGGUCCGAGUUUUUUUCUGAUGUUUUAAUCGAGGAAGUCGAUAAUGCUCUCGCCGUCGAUGCCGAAGGGGAUGAUUCCGGCAUGGGGAGAUUAAUAGAGAAUAAUGUAUCACAAAGUAACCACCCGCCACCGUCGCCGCUUCUAGAUUCAGCAGGUGCCGGAAACAAACCAAUUGCAUUGAAAAGGAAAGUCAAUAAUGGAGAUAUUUCUGAUAAUCAGAAGAAGAAAACUCGAAUCACCUCACAUGGGCAGAGAAAGAAGAAAACAGAGGAUAAGAGGAGAGGAGAAAGUGCAGAGGAAGAAGGACAAAGCUCCAUUAGUUAUAAUUCAGAUCAGGAAGAGAAUGGUUCCGAGGAGGCCAACGGCGGCGGCUCAGGCGCCACCUCCGACGGUGGCAUCAACAGAAAAAGCAGAGCAAGCCGAGGGUCGGCCACCGAUCCCCAAAGCCUCUACGCCAGAAAACGAAGAGAAAGAAUCAAUGAGAGAUUGAGAAUAUUACAGAAACUUGUUCCAAAUGGAACCAAGGUUGAUAUCAGUACCAUGCUUGAAGAAGCAGUUCAUUAUGUCAAGUUUUUGCAGCUCCAAAUCAAGUUACUGAGCUCAGAUGAGAUGUGGAUGUUUGCUCCUUUGGCUUACAAUGGAAUGGACAUUGGCCUUCAACAUAACCUCUCUCCAUUUCUAUCUCACUGAGACACAAUUUUUAUUUCCCUGUUUUUUACCCCCUUGUGAUCUUAUAUAUUAGCUCAUUAUAAUUAAGCCAUAUUUAGAUAUUUUAA